UGCAAGUAGGAGAUUGAUUAAUGAAACGGGGCAUGUUUUGUGUUAGACUAUCCCUUCGUUUAUUAUACAGUGGAGGUGGUCAUUAAUGGAUCUCUACAGCCAACUACCCUUGUGGUCUCAUCCGUAUAGUUAACGGCGUAGGGUAGAGAGAGAGACUGAAAAAUGUAACAUCACUUUAAAAACGGUAGAGGUAACGUGUUUUCUUUCUCGUGUAUGAAUUCUUGGAUUACUGCUGCUCACCAAAACCUGUUAAGUAGUGCCUGCGAAUAAAGUGCGCACCAACCCAGGUCCAUGUGACAGUUAUGUCCCUAGACGACCCAGCAUGGCAGCUACUGAAUUUCAACCAAAAGAUGGAUAUCAAUUUGCUAGACCUUGUUGUAAAUUCUUUUUACACUGGACAAGGAUCUCAGCAACGUAUGGCUCAGGACAUUUUAAAUUAUAUGAAGGAACACCCAGAUGCUUGGACAAGAGUGGACACCAUUCUGGAAUUUUCUCAAAACUUGAACACAAAGUAUUUUGGACUGCAAAUCCUUGAGAAAGUCAUCAAAACAAGAUGGAAGAUACUUCCUAGAGAUCAGUGUGAAGGUAUAAAAAAGUAUAUUGUUGGUCUGAUAAUUAAAACUGCAGUGGAUUCAUCGAACUUAGAAAAGAAUAAACUUUACCUUGGAAAGCUGAAUUUGAUUCUUGUUCAGAUACUGAAGCAUGAAUGGCCAAAGAGAUGGCCCUCAUUUAUUACUGACAUUGUUGGUGCAAGCAAGAGCAGUGAAGCCCUGUGUCAGAACAGUGUGCAAAUUCUGAAACUGCUUAGUGAAGAAGUGUUCGACUUCUCUCUUGGACAGAUGACACAAGCAAAAGCCAAGUAUUUGAAGGAAAGCUUGCAUGAAGAAAUCCCUAAAAUCGUUGAACUUUUCAUUUCCGUUUUGGAAAACUCAGGUAAUGCAUCUUUGGUACAUGAAACUCUUGAGGCCUUACUGAGGUUUUUGAACUGGAUUCCUCAAAAAUAUAUGUUUGAAAAGGACCUUAUUAAUAUCUUAGUUUACAAGAUGCUUCCUUUCCCUUUAUUCCGAAAUGUGAGCAUCAGGUGUUUGACAGAGAUUGCCAGUGUUAAAAAUGACAUGUACAAAGACAAAUUUCUUAUACUUUUUACUACAAGCAUGCUUCAACUACGACAGAUGUUACCAUGUACCACUAACAUUCCUGCUGCCUACCAACAGGGAAGUGAGGAGGACCAGAGAUUUAUCCAAAACCUGAGUCUGUUUCUUUGCACUUUACUGAAAAAUCACAGCAAAAUACUAGAAGUAUGCUUGGAAUACCGUGAAAUACUUUAUGAUAAUUUAGAUUAUCUUGUUCUGCUGUCAAAAGUGGAAGAAAAGGAAAUAUUUAAGAUUUGUCUUGAGUACUGGAAUCAUUUGGCCAUGGAGCUUUACAAUGAAAGUCCUGACUCUGUGACUGUUUGUCCUAAACGUGGGGUUUCAUACAGGAAUCUGCCACCUCGCAGACAAGUUUAUUUUACUUUUCUAACAGAGAUCCGACAAAUUUUGAUCAGUCACAUGGUGAAACCUGAGGAGGUCAUUGUGGUGGCGAAUGAGCAAGGAGAGGUGGUCCGAGAGUUCAUGAAGGACACUGAUGCAGCCACUUUGUACCAGACCAUGAAGGAGACCCUUGUAUACAUGACUCAUUUGGAGUAUACAGAUACAGAGAGAUUAAUGACAGAGAAGCUCCAUAAACAGGUGAACGGAACAGAGUGGUCCUGGAAAAACUUGAACACACUGUGCUGGGCCAUUGGAUCCAUUAGUGAGGCAUUGCCUGAAGAAAUUGAGAGCCGGUUUAUGGAAACUAUCAUUCAGAAUCUUCUAAUUCUGAAUAAACAAAAGGAGACAAAGGAUGACAGGGCUAUUGUGGCUUCCAAUAUCAUGUACAUAGUAGGACAAUACCCACGGUUCUUUGCAGCAAGAAGGCAGUUUCUGAGCAGUAUGAUUAACAAGCUCUUUGAAUUCAUGCAUGACAGCCAUGAUGGAGUCCAAGAUAUGGCAUGUGACACUUUCCUGAAAAUUUCAAAAAAGUGCCAGCGUUUUUUUGUUGAGAUUACAGCUGGAGACACAAGGCAGCUACUUAAUGAGAUUCUGGAAGAUAUUCCCAGCAUAACAUCUGACUUACAGCCUUAUCAGGUUCAUACAUUUUACGAAGCAGUAGGUUAUCUGAUUAGAGCGGAAACAAAUCAGGUGGAACAGACAAAGCAUAUUGAAAUGCUCAUGGGAAUGAUGAACCACGCUUGGGAUAUAAUUAUACUGCAGAUUACUGAGAACUUGGACACUCUGAGGGAUGCUAACACUAUAAAGCAGCUGAUUUUCAUUAUGAAGACUAACACCAGAGUGGGCAGAGCAAUUGGGCAACCCUUUGUGUUUCAGCUGGAAAAGAUUUACAUGGAGAUACUCCACAUAUACAAGUGCACCAGUGACAAUGUUUCUGCUGCUAUUCUGACACAUGGUGAAGCUGUUUUGAAGCAACUACUAAUUAAGGACAUGCAGUUAAUGAAGAAAGAUGCACUAAGGCUAAUCACAGAACUGGUGGGUCAGUCUGAGGACCUGCAUUUGAUAAAUAACACUCUUAUUGUUCCUCUUCUCGAUGCUGUACUAAUGGAUUACCAGACCAGUUUGCCUGCUGCCAGAGAACCAGAGGUGCUAAAUACCAUGACACAGAUUGUGAAAAAGAUAGGAAACCUCAUCAAAGAACACUUGCCUCGGAUUUUUAAAACAGUGUUUGAGACCACUCUCGACAUGAUCAAUAAGGAUUUUCAAGAAUUUCCUGACCAUAGGGCUAAUUUUUUUGACCUGCUUCAGGCUAUGAACACACACAGCUUCCCAGCUUUAUUGAGCCUUCCACCUACAGAGUUCCGACUGGUACUUGAUUCCAUUAUCUGGGCAUUUAAACAUCCUGCAAGGAAUAUUACACAUACAGGGCUCUCCAUUCUCAACACUUUGCUCCAGAAUGUGUCCCAGGAUGACUCUGUGUCACAAAGCUUUUAUGAGGCCUUCUUUCUGGAUAUUCUGCAGCACAUGUUGUCUGUGGUUACGGAUACCUCCCAUGCAUCUGUCCUGACAUUGCAAGCUACAGUAUUGGCCCACAUGUUUUCCCUUGUUGAUGAUGGACGGAUCCCUGUCCUGUUGAAUCCUGAUCAUACUGAUAUUAACCAACACCUUUUGGUUGAAAACUUCAUAAUUGAGAUUUUGAAAAAUGCCUUCCCUCAUCUAAAAAAUGCUGAGUUGACAGUGUUUACAAAAGGACUUUUCAGCUUAAACCAAGAUGUGCCUGCUUUGAAAGAACACCUGCGUGAUUUUCUCAUCAGUAUUAAGGAAUUUUCUGGAGAAGAUACAUCUGAUUUAUUUAUUGAGGAGAGAGAAGCUGCUCUAAAACAGGCUCAGAAAGACAAGCGGAAACGGCAGAUAAAAGUUCCUGGAAUAUUAAAGCCUGAUGAUGAAGAAAUGCAUACAUAAGUAACUGCACGAUUCACACAGCUUUACAGAAGUUUCAUAUGAUGCUGAAAACUUUUGUUGAGUGAUGUAGUCACUGUGGAAGCUGAAAUAGUCAUCUAAAAUGAAAAACAGGCAUAUGGCAAUCCCAUAUUAGUGCCUUAAACCAUUUGCUGUUCAUAGAGCGUUGAGUCAACAAGCUGCAGAAGACUGAUUUAAAUUCACGCAUAUCUCAACAACUUUUCUCUUAUUAGUUGUAGACUUUUAACACCAGGACUCGGUGUUAAAGUUGCAACCUGUGCAUCAUUUUUCUGUGAAAACAUGCCCUUAGUCUAAACAAAGAACAGCAUUUUACAUUUUAUAUUCAAUUUCGGCUGUGUAUUUUUUUUUCAUGUUAUUAUCAGGAUAGGCUGCAGUGUCCCUACAAUCCUAUAAACCAAAAAAAGGGUAAAAGGUCACACAGACAAAACCAUUCCAAUAAAGUGAGCUCCUGCAAAAUGGAUGAAUGUUUAGAUGGAUGGAUGGAUUUCUGUUCCUUAGUGAAAUUGUGGCUACUGGCAAAAAGGCAAAUAAAAAAUGUUAAAUCAAUACCAACAGUAACCAAUGGAUCUGGUUCAACAGGAAUGCAUUUUAGCACUUGUCAUACUGAAGUAUUCAGAUGCAUCUCCUUUAUGGGGGGG